CAUUGAAGGUGCCCUCCGCGUGGAGCACAUUUGAUUGUCGGCUGAUUGCAGCGCGGUUGGGCGGCACUAGUCAAUGAGGAUGGAUACGAGGCGUCUUCGUAGAUGACGGAAUCACACGGCUCACCCGCAACUCUCAUGACCCAGACGCACCCCAAAGCCGAGCCAACAGCCUCGCGCGUACGCUCUCUUGUUCCCCGUCGGCCUUGUCGGCUUAUCCUUACGCGGUGGAUGGGUGGAAGGUGUUGCGACACGUCAGAGACCCGUGCCGGAAGCGCUCGGUCUCGGGAGGGCGGCUUAUACCGCUCUGGCGCCAUGUGUGGAGCUCGUAUACAUUGCGUGUUGAAACAUAGCUGGAUAUCCUGUAUCGAGCCCUUUGCAACGGGCUGGGGCAGUGUCGCAUCGUGUUACCUCGGACCCCCCGAUCCUUGGUCCCGAAACAUAGCAUCCGGGCUAAGAAAGACUGCACCAGUCAGCUGCUUGUCACCGUGCAAAGGAUUCACUCAUUCGAUACAACCCCGUCAGCUAUCCAGGCCGACGACUAUGGCUUCAGAAUCGUAAAGGGGGCGCGUAGAAGGGCCGCCGUAGAGUUGGACGCGCUGGCCAGCAACAAAUGCAGCACAAGUCACCUGCUCUUUCCCCGACAACGCAGCGCCGCCGCCAUCGCACUUUGCCUCCCCCUCCCUAGU